AUGUCCGAGUCCUCAGAGCCGACUGCCGCCGCGGCGGCGGCGCGGGCCUUUGGUGCUUACCUCGACGAUGACGGACUCGACGGCGAGUUUGGCACGAACACGGAGUACCCAGACCAGGUCGACUACUACUCCCUGCUGGGCCUUGCACAGAAGCCACCCCCGACCGAUGCCGAGAUUCGCUCCGCGUACCGCAACCUGAGCUUGAUGUUCCACCCGGACAAGCAGCCGCCGCAUUUGCAGGAAUCGGCCGAGCAACACUUCACCCGCAUCCAGAUCGCAUACGAUACCCUGAUCGAUCCCAAAAAGCGCGUGGUGUAUGAUCUGCUUGGUGCAGAAGGGGUGGCAAAUGAAUGGCGCGUGGGGGGCGCAAUGGGCCGUGGAGGGGAGGCCGAGAGACUGCAGGUAGGCGUGAAGGCGAUGACGCCGGAGGAGUUUCGUCGCUGGUUCACGAAGACAAUGAAGAAGCGCGAGCGUAAAGCUGUGGAGGAGCUGGUCAACAGCCGGGGCUCCAUCACGCUUGGGAUCAAUGCACAAUCAACUAUUCGAGUCGAUGAGGACAAUGAUGUGACCGUCCAGGUCCCCUCGCAGGUCCUUCCAACGUCGUAUGCUGCCAAGUACUCAUUUAAAACUCCAUUGGCGUUGCCCACUUUCGGAAGAAGAACGGACGAGGAUGAAGCGCAGGAUCAACAGGAGAAACCUGAUGCAGGCGUGGCAGAUGAAGAAGGAGAGGACCCUGUGUAUGUGACCUUUAAUGCAGGCAUCUCCGGCAACCUCGUUCGUCCCAAGCAACCCAUCGCCGUUGAAUACGCCGAUGGGACCUCGGAAGAGAUGGAGAUCCCGCUUCCCGCAAUUUUGAUGGCCAAGAACAUCAGUUUGGGCGCCACUGUGACCCCCAAUGUUAGGGAGCUGAUUGGUACCAAGGGCAUCUGGAACAAUCGUCUGUUCUCGACUCUGAGAGAUUCGACUGUCCUUGUGGAAGCCAACAUCUUCCCGGUUCCUCUCUUGAAGACGACCGUUGCCCGGGCCUUCCAGCCGAUCCCUGGGAUCAAGCCGUUCCAGGUUACUACGCAGACCAUCUUCCAGCGCUCCCUUCUGGAAUCGCCACCUUCGUUUGAAGUGCAUGUGACGAAGGAAGUUGCCCCAAGAAAACUUGCUUUCUGUGCUUGGUCAAGCGGACUGUGGUAUUAUCCAGAUUUGCUGCUCGACCAUUUCUCUUCCCUUGGAAUGACCGUGGAAGACAUGUAUGCCCACCAAGGUGAUCUCAGCAGCCUUCAGAUCGGCUUGAUUUCCCUACCGAAACUGCCUCAAAAUGUGAUUGAAAUUAAUGAGGACGACGAGGGGUCCGAAGAUGAAGAGAUGCGUCAAAGCCUGCUGAAGCAGAAGCAGAUCGAUCGCGCCGCCGAGGCAUGGCAGACCUUUGUCCAGGUGUCUCCCGGAGGAGGCGCUCUGGGCCUAACAUAUUCACGGAAUCUGUUUUCGGGAACACCGGCCACCGAGUCUCUGAAAGCCGAGUGGAGUGAUGAGGGUUAUGCUCCGUUUGCGAAGAUGGAAGAUGCCCGGGCUGUCCGCGUCGAGGUCUCCACUACGGUCAGCCCCGAUCUCUCCUUCACUUGGAAUAUCAAGGGCACUCGCCGGAUUGGCGAAUAUACCAAGAUGAGUAUCGGCAUGGGCUUCACUCCUCAGGGUAUUUUGAUGACUAUUGGCUGGGGCCGGCUUGGCCAGGGCCUCAACCUGCCCGUUCUGCUUUGCUCGAAGGACGAGGCCACCCACGACGCGGCUGUUUUGGCCAAUAUAUUCACCUGGGCUACUUAUCUUGCAAUCGAAUUUGGUUACGUCCGGCCCCGCGACAGAAAGAGACGUCGUGAAGCGGUUGCUCGUCGUCACAACCAGCUGAAGAGGCUGAUCCCGCAGAAGAGGGCGGAAAGCGAACAGGCCGUCCAGCUCAUGGUAGACCAAGUUCGGAGACGGCAGGCGCGUGAGGACGAACAGGGCGGGUUGGUCAUUGACCGGGCCGAAUACGGGUACUAUCCACCCACAGAUCGAAAGCCUAAGCCUGGGUUCGAAGAAUCUCGCGUCACCGACGUGUUCCUCCCCGUGGCUAACCUCGUUGACCGUGGUCAGCUGGUGAUCAGUAAGAACACCGUGAAACAUCAAAUAAUUGGUUUCUAUGAUCCAGCUCCGCUACUGAAGAAGCGACUGAAGAUUUGGUACCGUUUCCAAGACCGGGACCACUUCGUUGAUAUCGGCGACAAGGAGGGUGUUGUCUUGCCGCAGCGCACCCAUAUGCUCCCCGAUCAUGAACAGUCCAAACCAGUGUCUCUGUAG